GAUGGCGGAGGGCCCGCGGCCGAAGAGGAAGCGGGAGGAGGAGGCCGGGGCCGCGCCCCACGGCGGGACCGUCACCGCCCCCUUCCCCCUGGCGGAGCUGCGUCUGCGGCGUGUGCUGCGGGAGUCGGCGAGGGACAAGGCUGUGUUCCUGCACGGGGAGCUGACCAGCCCCUCCGGAGAGGGAACAGAUGCCGUAGUCAUCCUGGAAAAGACUCCUUUCCAGGAGGAGAAGGUAUCAGACCUGCUGAAGAAGCACACGAAGCUGGACCUGCAGAUGCGCAAUGACAUUUACAGCACGUACCAUCUCUAUCCUCCCGCGGAGCUGAGUGAGAUAAAAACGACAGUAGUGUACCCCGCCACGGAGAAACACCUUCAGAAAUACCUUCGUCAAGAAGUGCACCUCAUCCGUGAAACCUGGGAGGAUUACAAGAACAUAACGCUGCCCUUCAUCCAGUCCCAGAGCUUCAGCAUCCAGUGGGUGUAUAAUAUCCUGGAGAAGAAAGCUGAGGCUGAUCGAAUCAUCCAUGAAAACCCAGAUCCUUGCAAUGGCUUUGUUCUAGUUCCAGAUUUUAAGUGGAAUCAAAACCAGCUGGAUGACCUCUACCUGAUAGCCCUCAUUCACCGCCGGGAGGUCAAGUCACUUCGGGACCUCACCUCUGAGCACAUCCCGCUGCUGAGGAACAUCUUGCAAGAAGGGAAGGAGGCUGUAGUGAAGCACUUUGGCGUGCCUGGAUCCCAGUUGCGCAUCUACCUGCAUUACCAACCCUCCUACUACCACCUGCACGUGCAUUUCACUGCCCUGGGCUAUGAUGCCCCAGGCAGCUCCGUUGAGAGAGCCCAUCUCCUGGCAGAUGUGAUUGACAACCUGGUGAUGGACUCCCUGUAUUAUCAGAAACGGGCUUUGACCUUCGCCCUUCGGGCUGAUGAACUUCUGUUUAAGAAAUUCCAGGAGGCAGGAAGAGUGUGAACUGGCAGAGGUGCUUUUGUAUUUUUUUAUUUUUUAUAAAUGCCCAUUUUUGGGUUUUUUUUAAAGGUUUUGGUGCUUUUAUUUUUUUUAACUCCGAUUUUGUACAAAUUGGGGCUGGUGGCCCAUUGCUAUGGAAACCAU